ACUCCCCGCAGCUUGGGCCCAUGGUGCUCUUCCCAAGACCCUGAGUGGUCCAGCCCCCAAGCUCAUUCGGGUUAGGAGAGGAAACUGAACUGCGGGAGGCUGCUGAACCCACUCGGUAAGCAUGGCGCUGCUCAAAGUCAAGUUUGACCAGAAGAAGCGGGUCAAGUUGGCCCAGGGGCUCUGGCUUAUGAACUGGCUGUCCGUGUUGGCCGGCAUCGUCCUCUUCAGCCUGGGGCUGUUCCUGAAGAUUGAACUCCGCAAGAGGAGCGACGUGAUGAAUAAUUCCGAGAGCCACUUUGUGCCCAACUCCCUGAUAGGGGUGGGGGUCCUGUCCUGUGUCUUCAACUCUCUGGCUGGGAAGAUCUGCUACGACGCCCUGGACCCUGCCAAGUACGCCAAGUGGAAGCCCUGGCUGAAGCCGUACCUGGCUGUCUGUGUCUUCUUUAACGUGGUUCUCUUCCUCGUGGCUCUGUGCUGCUUCCUGCUGCGGGGCUCCCUGGAGAGCACCCUGGCUUACGGGCUCAAGAACGGGAUGAAGUACUAUCGGGACACGGACACCCCGGGCCGGUGCUUCAUGAAAAAGACCAUCGACAUGCUCCAGAUCGAGUUCAAGUGCUGCGGGAACAACGGCUUCCGGGACUGGUUCGAGAUUCAGUGGAUCAGCAACCGCUAUCUGGAUUUUUCCUCCAAGGAGGUCAAAGAUCGCAUCAAGAGCAAUGUGGACGGACGGUACCUGGUGGACGGUGUUCCCUUCAGCUGCUGCAACCCCAGCUCACCACGGCCCUGUAUCCAGUACCAGCUCACCAACAACUCGGCACACUACAGCUACGACCACCAGACCGAGGAGCUCAACCUCUGGCUGAGGGGCUGCAGGGCCGCCCUGCUGAAUUACUACAGCAGCCUCAUGAACUCCAUGGGGGUUGUCACACUUCUCGUCUGGCUUUUUGAGGUGAGCAUCACUGCCGGACUCCGCUACCUCCACACAGCGCUGGAGAGUGUGUCCAACCCAGAGGACCCCGAGUGUGAGAGCGAGGGAUGGCUGCUGGAGAAGAGUGUGCCGGAGACCUGGAAGGCCUUUCUGGAGAGCUUUAAAAAGCUGGGCAAGAGCAAUCAGGUGGAGGCUGAAGGAGCAGACGCAGGCCAGGCCCCAGAGGCUGGCUGAUGGCUUGGGGCCUCUCUCUCCCUCAUUACUUAGUGGACUCCAGGGAAUGUGGAUACCCCCUUGUCCAGCUGAAAGUCCAAAUUUCCCAAGAAAGCUGGUCACGUUACCUACUGACUCUCCUUGACGCGGGCCUUGACGUUCAGGGCCCUUAGGGCUACACACAUUCGUGAACCGGCUGCCUCCAAUGCGAGUGACUGAACGCUCCCCGUGGAUGCUCAGUCUCCCAGGACUGGCCAGUCCAGGGCUCUGCCCAAGUGUGAGUCCAGUUCUCCCAUAGGUGACUGGCCACACCAAGGGCCUCUCCCCUCCUCAGUAGCGUCUGCCUCUUUUAAACCCCGAGUUCUGCAUCCAAACCAUCACUUGACACAUAAAAGCAAGGUGAAAAAACAAAA